ACAGAAAAAGCAAAUAUAUUCAUAUUGUAUAUUUAUUAUAUUUAUUUUAGGGAAACGUCAAAUACCCUUUACAUGUUUUAUAAUUCAAAACCAUAUUAUUAGGCGUAACACCAUAUGGUAUUUUGAUUAAAACUUUUUUUUAUAUUAGAAAACUGUGAGGGACACAAUUAAUAACAGCCUUUAAUUUCUAGUGUUAUUACAAACCAGAAAUAAUUACUAAGUAAGAAUAUUUAGAGAGAAGGGAAAGGUAACUGCUUUAGUUUUGCGUCAAUUUUGUCUGAGGCUGAAGUUUUUGUUAUGUUUUAUUCUAAUAUUACGAUUCGUUCAUUUUUAACUUUAACCUUAAUAUUCCAUAAUUUAUAAUCCGUGACUGCAGUAAAAGCCCCAAACGAACGUCCCGGCUGUCAAUCUGCGCCCUGCUCACUGCUCUCCUUCACCUGAUUGGCUCUUUGAACUGCCACUCCCAGCAUGGCGGCCACUGGGCUGCAGCUCCUGGGUUUGUUCCUGUGCAUUACAGGUUGGCUGGGCGGGGCCAUCACUUGCGCCCUCCCCAUGUGGCGGGUUACCGCCUUCAUUGGUAACAACAUUGUGGUAGCGCAGACCACCUGGGAGGGUCUGUGGAUGAGCUGCAUCGUGCAGAGCACCGGCGAAUUCCAAUGUAAGAUGUACGACUCCAUGCUGGCCCUGAGCCAGGGGGUGCAGGCGGCCCGGGCGCUCACCGUCAUCUCCGUCCUGCUCUCCAUCCUGGCCCUCAUGCUAGGAGUGGUGGGGGCGAAGUGCACCAACUGCAUGAGGGAGGGCAUCCUGAAAACGCGCAUCAUCAUAGCGGCCGGGACCCUGUAUGGCAUCGCCGGCUUUCUAUACCUCAUCCCCGUCUGCUGGACUGCGAACACGAUAAUCAAGGACUUCUACAAUCCCGCCGUGCCCGCGGUCAAGAAGAGGGAGCUGGGGCCUGCGCUCUACUUCGGCUGGGCGGCAUCCGCGCUGCUGCUGCUCGGGGCGGUCCUGCUGUGCAGCGGCUCCACGGGGCCGUCGCCCAACUACAGCAGCCAGCACAGCAGCCCCCGACACGGAGCCACGCUGCCAGCUGAGCAGGUCAAGGGCUACGUGUAGGUUACCGGCCGGUCCUCGGGGCUGGCCGGACCACCUCAGGGUCAGGGAGGAUCAAGUACCAAUCAGGCUGGGCAGACAACAGCACAAUGGAUACUGGGGUGGCCACACGG